AUGAUCAAUGAUUAUGUUCAUAGAUCACCACUUGCUCCACCAAUUAUUAUUGUUUGGCAUUUCUAUGAAGCAUAUAAAGCUAUUGGAAAUCAAUGCGCAAGUUUAAGAAAUGCUGAAACAGCAAAAUAUAAUCCAUUUUGUGUACGAUUUACCGAUGUGAAAAAAGAAAGAGAAAUGGUCAAAUGGGAGCAUAUGAAAGCUAUGGAUUAUUUAAGAGAACCAUCAACUAAAGCAACUGGGAAAAGAGGUGUAGCUGAAUCACGUGCUGUGGUAUUUCGUGGUGGUGGAGGUGUUGGUCCUGGUCAAGGACCAGUAAUGGAUUUAAAAAGUGAAAUGUCCAGUGUUACAGAGAAUAUCAGUGAACAAUAUGAACCUAAAUUACGUAGACAAAGUUUACUUGGUCGUUAUCGUUUAGAUUCAACAACAGGUGCACCAUUAAAUCCAAUGGGUAGAACAGGUUUAUUAGGUAAAGGAUUAUUACCACGUUGGGGUCCAAAUCAUUCCUUUGUAUUAUGUAUUACAAGAUGGACAAGAGAUACACGUACUGGUGUACAAGUAAUAAGAAGUAAUCGUGGUGUAUUACAAUAUUUGGCAUUAGAACGUAAUAAGAGAUUAUGUAUGCCAUGGGUAAGUUAA